AUGUCAGCCAAUCCAUUAUCAAGUGUUGAGCAGCGUGCUGAUGACCUUCCGGGCAGCAAGGCCCAGCGAGAUGAUGUUGGGGCCACGAGCGCCGAACACGAGAAGAGACAAGACUACCUCCAAGGAGCGAAACUACGUCUAAUCACUGCAGCUAUCUGCAUGGUUCUUUUCCUAUCGAAUCUCGAAAUUCCCGUCGUGACGACUGCAUUGGUCAUAACCCUUUUAAUCAUCGCUGGGUUGAGAUGGAUCACAUUCCUUCUUUGGGAGCGGCAUAUCACUUUGCGGGCAAAGCCUCAGGAGCCAGUGUUCCCCUGGCGCUUCGCGCAAAACCGCGAGUUUAUGGGUACACUACUGUGCUCCAUGUUCCUCGGUGGGCCCUGGAUCUGCGCAGUAUUCCAGUUGCCCCAAAGAUUUCAAGUCGUUAAUGGCCUGACCCCAAUUGAUGCGGGAAUUCACUUCAUGCCUUUCACUUUGGCGGCUCCAGUUGGAUCUGUGAUUACUGGCAUUUUGGCGCAGAGUGCCAAGAUACCUCCUCUAUACAUGGUCCUUUUCGCAGCAGUACUGCAGGUCAUAGGAUUUGCCUUACUUUCUACACUUCCGGUCUCACAAUCAGUAGCUCCUGCACAGUAUGGAUAUCAAGUAAUCGCAGGGCUUGGAUGCGGGACAACAAUUUCAUUACUCACCCUAUUGACUCCUUUCAGCGUCCAAGAACGUGACAAAGCGGUGGCUAUGGGAUCUGUUGCACAAUAUCGAAUCAUUGGAGGAGCAGUUGGUCUCGCCAUUGUUACUGCGGGCUUCAAUGGAUUAGUCAGAAGUCGGUUGGGCAACGUGCUACCUCCCAGCCAAGUUGACAGUCUUCUGACGGCACCACCCUCCCUCGAGGCUUUCCCGGAGGCUAUCCAAGGAACGAUUCGAGCCGCCUUUGGAGACGGUUACAAUUUGCAAUUGAAGAUUUUGGCAGGGCUGGCCGCUGGUCAGAUUCCAUCUGCGCUGAUGAUGUGGAGGAAACAGCAGAUCGUCACUUAA